AUGAGCGAGAUCUUGGACACCUUCGUCGAGUGGGAACAAAUGACGGAGUUGCAGACGUUGGGCAAACGUCAGAAAGUCUUCGAUGAAUGGCUCGGCAAGAUGAAGGCCAUGAUCAAGCGUGGAGAAACCGGUGGCAACUUCCAAGUGCUUUUGAUUGCACUUGGAGGCCAUGCAUCGUACGACACCCACCUGGCUUCCCUGGUCACAACUGAAGGGCUGGCCACUUUCAUUCCAAGCAUCUACCGAGGGGAUCUCAGCGAUGAAGAGAUCCUCAGCCGAGCGCAACAUCAUGUUGCAGGCCUGAUGAUUCAAGACGCCGAUGCGGCGCAAGACGCGCUGUCUGCAGCCACCGCUGGCCAAGAUCUUGGCAAUGAUCUGGUCACCCGCACCCGCACCCCCGCCGUCACCCCCGCCGUCACCCCCGCACGUACCCCCGCCGUCACCCCCGCGCGGCCUCCUCCCCGCAAUGCACCUCAGACCCAUGCGUCAACGUCGGGUCCUGUGCUCAGCAGUGACUCCAUGACUCAACUGCGACAACGAGUACCGGUACGGAAUGCACUCCGACCGUUGCUUGUGCCUCCCAGGUCGCAGCGGGAGGUCGAGGAGCGCCUCCAGUCCAUUUUGGAUUCGAUGGAGGAACCACCCACUAAUCGAUACAAGCGUACGGCUCGGGUCAGUCGCCUUUGGGACGAUCUUCUGGAUGACUUCAGUGCCCUGUCCUGGGCCCAGAUUGGGUGUGAACCCUUGGGUUCACUGACCAGUGCGAGCCUGAGGACAUUCCCGUGGAAAACCACUGGUCCCUCCCUCUUCAAGGCGGGGUAUAUGAUUUUAGGAUGGCCUCAUCUCGUUCCUCUGCCCACAAAGCUCGGACAAGGAGACAAGGGGAUUCGGGCGAUGUCGGCAUCGCAGCAGGCGGCACUGGGCUCAGCCAUCAAGUUCUCUCUCAACGAGGUCUUUGAGAAGCGAGAGCCAUUCGUCCUCCACUAUCGCAGUGAAGGGUUCAUAUCAAGCAAACAGCACCAGGCCACGGGUAACGUUGAGCCCGACCCAAGCCUUACGGUAGCUACAAGGAGUGCUGCGGAGACCUUCGGGAAAACGCACCUCGGGAUCAUCGGGCACGUGAAGACACACGAUUCCACCAUUUCGUACCGAUUCCCAUCGUCGUCUGGGAGUCCGUCCCCUCCCCCCAUCAUACCAUCGUCGCCCGAUCUGGCGCAUCAAAACCAACCCGGCCCCUCCAACCCCUACCUCGCCCUCCCACCGCCUGAAGACGAGAUCCCCGACCUCGACGAACUGCCCUCCGAACAACCACCCUCGCCCCCACCUCACACGUCUGCCCCUACCAUGUCAGGGCAUCACCGCAUCACCCUCGCCGCCAACCCCCCCUACUUCGAUGGCGACAAGUCCAAAUACCUGGGCUUUGUGGACGCGUGCACCACUUACAUCGGUGCCUAUCGAUCGGAGUUCUCGCAAGAUGAGACCAAAAUCCUCUUUGUCCUCUCCUACCUCCGUAACGAGAACGGCACGAGCUGCGCUGCCUCGAGAUGGGCAAUGAACUGGAAGCAGCACAACUUCGAGGGCUUCCAGGGACUGAAGGCAGGAGUCACAUCAAAGAACUUCCUGGAGGAGUUUCAGAGGGCGUUCGGGGACUCCAAUGCGGAACAAGUCGCCGCUGCUCGGCUUAUGGCCCUGCGCCAAAACAAACGGUCCUUCGCGGACUACAUCUCCGACUUUGAGAUGUUGGCCGCAGAUGCAGGCUACAAUGUGGUCGACACCACCGACGACAAAGGCGAAUACAAGAAGGGGGACCAGGAUAAUAUCCUCAUCGAGUUCCUGGAGCGCGGACUCAGCAGCGAGAUCGCCAGCCGUCUCUACAACACCGGUGUCCCUCUGCCCAAGGCCUAUGGAGCGUUCAAAGCCUGGUGCAUCAACAUCGAAGCCAAUGCUCUGCGUGACCAGCUGCGCAAAGCGUCGUAUGGGCACCCCACACAACGACCACCUCCCCAGUUCCGUCCCCAAACGGCACCAGUGGCGCCCACACCCGCUCCGGCCCGACCCGCUGCCAACGAACCGGUUCCGAUGGAAAUCGAUCGUACCCACGCCCGCGGCCGCAAUAUCAUCUGCUACAACUGUCAGCAGCCCGGGCACAUUGCGCGGAACUGCCCGGAACCAAGAAAGAAGCGCACAUUCUUCAAUUGGGCCACGAUGCUUGAAGAGAUCGAGAACGGGGACAAGGACAACGAGUUCCUCAAGGAGAUUGCCGAGAAGCUGCGCGAGAAGGGUUUUUGA